AGAAAAGAACCCGUUGGUCACCAGAAUGGACUUUGGUUUUAUAGCAAUCCUCUUUAUUCACCGAUCCACGUCCAUCACCGUCUUCCUUCUCUUAUUCUCUUUUUCUUGUUCAUUUUCUUGUUCUUCUUUUGGGAAAGAAGAACACAGAGAAUUGAAGGAAGAAGAUUGAGAACGGGGAAUACCCAGGUAAUUGGUUCCGUGAAAUUUUUUAUUUUGAUAACUGGUUGUUUCUCUUUUCAUCUUUUUACCUUCAGUGGGGAAAAGGGGUUUUUCUGAGUUGAUGGACUUGGAAAGCGUUGAGUGUGUGUCAUCCUUGGAUGGCAUGGAUGAGGAUGAGAUCCACACCAAUCAUCAUCACUCUGAGUUUUCUUCCACAAAGCCUCGCAAUGGAGGCACCAAUAACGUUAAUUCUGUGGGGUCCACCGCCCUUGCUCCGGCAACCAGCGUCCAUGAGUUACUGGAAUGUCCUGUGUGUACUAAUUCAAUGUACCCUCCAAUUCACCAGUGUCACAAUGGCCACACACUCUGUUCCACUUGUAAAACAAGGGUGCACAACCGAUGUCCCACUUGUAGACAAGAGCUUGGAGAUAUUAGGUGUUUGGCACUGGAAAAGGUGGCUGAAUCACUUGAGCUACCUUGCAAGUACUACUCCCUUGGAUGUUCAGAAAUCUUUCCAUACUACAGCAAGCUUAAGCAUGAGACAGUAUGCAAUUAUAGACCAUAUACUUGCCCUUAUGCUGGAUCAGAGUGUUCUGUCGUGGGAGAUAUUCCCUUCCUUGUUGCUCAUUUAAGGGAUGAUCAUAAAGUGGACAUGCACACAGGAUGCACAUUCAACCAUCGUUAUGUGAAGUCAAAUCCACGUGAAGUGGAGAAUGCAACCUGGAUGCUCACAGUGUUUCAUUGUUUUGGCCAAUAUUUCUGCCUUCAUUUUGAAGCUUUCCAGCUUGGCAUGGCACCUGUUUACAUGGCAUUUCUUCGUUUUAUGGGUGAUGAGAAUGAUGCUCGGAAUUAUAGCUAUAGCCUAGAGGUUGGGGCCAAUGGUAGAAAACUCAUCUGGGAGGGAACACCACGGAGUGUUCGAGAUAGCCACCGUAAAGUGAGGGAUAGCCAUGAUGGGCUCAUCAUUCAAAGAAAUAUGGCUCUAUUUUUCUCUGGUGGGGAUAGAAAGGAGCUGAAACUCAGAGUUACAGGAAGAAUAUGGAAGGAGCAACAGAAUUCUGAUGCUGGUGUGUGCAUGCCAAAUCUCUGUAGUUGACAUGUUAUUUGAAGGGCAUUUCUAUCAGUUCUGUUUCUUCACUCAUUUGGGCUAUAUAUUUAUACCAUCGAAGUGGCUCUGAAAUGUCCAGCUUUUAUAAACUGUGUAAUGAACCAGAUUUUCUUCCUCUGAAAUUUGUUUGAUUGGAAUUUGAAUUAACUCUUGCUCUGAACAUCUGAGUCAAGCCAAGGCUAAUACUAGCUUAAUGGGUUUUUUUUUUUUCA